AUGUCCAAUCCAGUGAUCAGAGUGGUCGUCGCAGGAGACUUGGGAACCGGAAAAUCCAGCUUGGUGAAUUUCUUUGUUCGAAGCGUCAGUUCCGCAGAGUUCGAUCCGACGAUCGAAGAAACAUACACAAAGCGCAUUUCGAUUGAUGGAGUCUACUACAACCUGGAGAUAGUCGACACCGUCGACAACGAGUUCCGUGACAACGAGCAACGACAGUGUCUUUACGUCCAAUCCGAUGCUAUCAUCCUCACAUACGCCAUUGACGACGAAGUCACUUUCACCAAUCUACUUCUCAGAUACUCAAACCUCCCCAUUAAUGAAGAAGAUGGGAGCAGGAAACUCACUUACAUCGAUGGGCGAAUCAAGUCCUUUCCGCCGAUCAUUCUUGUCGGAACGAAACGAGACUUGGAGAGCUCGAGACAAGUUGCAUACCAAUCGGGACGAAAGUUUGCCGAACAGCUGCAAUUACAGAACUUUAUAGAGUGCAGUUCCUUUGCCAACAUCAACGUUGACGACUUGUUCAUCUCGGCCUCCAAGUUGGGGCUUGAGCACCAGCAGUCGGAUAAGGACCUCACUCAUAUUUACGCUGCCGACGAGGAAAGCCGAAACUCGGACUUGAGACAAAUAAGCAGCACCGGGUCUACCACUUCGAGGAUAAGCAGAGACAACACUCACAAGCAGCUGAAACUUCCCGAAAACUUCUCAUCCAUCCAGGAGCAAGAGUCGCCAUUACCCAUUUUGCCAGAGGUUGCAAAAACUUCUGCCAGACCAUCCCGAAACAACACCCAGCAACGUGCUACAGCUGCUAGAGGAGUAGAAAGCAUGAAACCUCAAGACGGAUGCUGUGCCAUAAUGUGA